AUGAAGCCUGUCGUCAGUGCCAUGCACGCCUGGUCGUGCACCGUCAUCUCCGUGUUUGCGAUAGUGAUUCUCAGCGUACUCGCCAUCCUCUUCCGCUCCGGCCACGAGGAGUUUGUCGGGGGUCGAGACGACCCGACAGACGGCAAGGCCGUCUCGGGGACCAUCUUUACCGCCGUCAUCGUAUACGCCGCAUUCCUCGUCUUCUGCGGCUUCCAAGGGCUGCUCCAUGUCCGAGAGAGCCGAAGGGGUGCCAUCGCCCUGUAG